CCCUCUGAUUGGUUGAAACCGCAUGCAUAACAGUCUAGACCCCAGAGAGAGGACACAGUCAAUCAUGGCUUAUCUGAGAUCUAUCCUGCGUUCAGGGAAGAAUGCCGUUCCAGCAGUUUUGCGGCGGGAGUUUCACAGGACGCUGCCGGCUGCGGUGCAGCAGGUAACAGUCCGAGAUGCCAUCAAGCAGGCCUUGGAUGAGGAGCUGGAGAGGGAUGAACGGGUUUUCCUCCUCGGAGAAGAAGUCGCACUGUUUGAAGGUGCAUAUAAGGUUACCAGAGGCCUUUGGAAGAAGUACGGUGACAAACGCAUCAUUGACACACCAAUUACAGAGAUUGGCUUCACUGGCAUCGCUGUUGGUGCUGCCAUGGCUGGUUUGAGGCCCGUUGUUGAGUACAUGUCCUUCAACUUCUCCAUGCAAUCAGUUGAUCAUAUCAUCAAUUCUGCCGCCAAGACCUACUACAUGUCUGGCGGCCUGCAGCCCGUCUCGAUUGUGUUCCGCGGGCCCAAUGGAGCUGCGCCCGGUGUGGCGGCUCAGCACGCCCAGUGCUUUGCAGCCUGGUAUGGACACGUUCCCGGUCUGAAGGUGGUCAGUCCCUGGAGCGCCGAGGAUGCCAAGGGCCUUCUGAAAUCAGCUAUCCGUGAUGACAACCCUGUGGUGUUUUUGGAGAAUGAGAUAAUGUACAGUGUGCCGUUUGAGAUGUCUGAAGAGUCUCAGUCAAAAGACUUCCUCAUCCCAAUCGGAAAAGCUAAGAUUGAAAGAAAAGAAACCUGGCUGAUUUACACCAGUCCAGACAGCGCGCUCCAUCUGCUGGACUUUCCGCUGUUAGAGCAGAUCGAGACGCCGAAUCAUCAGGGAAAUCGCAGUGACGGGACAUGCUUUUUCAUCAAUGAAAGGCGGUGUACAGAUGUAACUGUGUUAAAGAUGUUCAGAUCUAGAAGUUCUCUUUGUUAACUCGAAGCUGUUCUAUUUGCCACAGGAGUGUCACUCGCUCAUUCUGGUGAGUGUUUACAUCCCUCCGCAAGCGCACGUAAGCCUGGCUUUACAGAAACUCGCUGAUCAGAUCACAGAGACAGAACAACAACACCCGGACUCUGUUUUAAUCAUUUACAGGGACUUUAAUGAAGUCAACCUCUCCCAUGAACUGCUAAAAUACAGACAGCAUUUUAUACAUGUCCCAGCAGAGUCAAUAAUAAAUCACUAUUACACCACAAUAAAGAAUCCAUAUCACUCUGUUCCACGAGCUGCUUUGGUGCUCUCUGAUCACUGCCUGGUUCAUCUUAUAAUGACUUGCAAGCAGAAACUUAAAUCUGCUGAACCUGUAGUAAAGACUGUGAAGAGAUGGACCAAUGAAACAGUCCAGGAUUUACAAGCUUGUUUUGACCUCACUGAUUGGAGUGAUUUUGAAGCUGCUACCACCGAUCUGGACCAACUUAUAGAGACUGUGACAUGCUAUAUUAAUUUUUGUGAGGAUAUAUGCAUUCCUACCAGGAUUUAUUUAACAUUCAACAAUAAGCCAUGGUUUACAGCAAAACUCAGACAUCUUCGGGCAGCUGUGGCCUACUGGUUAGAGACUUUGACUAGUUAACCGAAGGGAGCGCCGGUUUGAGUCUCGGUGCUGACAGGAGUUGUAGGUGGGAGGGAGUGAAUGAACAGAACUCUCUUCCACCCUCAAUACCCGAGACUGAAGUGCCCGGCACUGAACCCCCAGUUGCUCCCUGGGUGCUGGAUAUAUAGCUGCCCACCCACUGCUCCGGGUUUGUGUUCACUUCUCACUGCUGUGUGUGCACUUGGAUGGGUUAAAUGAAGAACACCAAUUCUGAGUAUGGUAUACCAUACUUGGCAAAUGUCACUGUGACGAGUGGGGCGGGGCCGAGAGACGUGGGCACGAGGAGUCAGGCCAGGUGUAGUGAUUGGAGAUGCGCUGCACCUGCGCCCCACCGCCGGUCUCGAGUCCCACGUAGGAGAUGGAAGGAUAUAAAACUGGAGCGACGACCGUGAAGAACGAGAGAGGUCCAGACCUGGGCCAUUAUUUUAUGUUUUGCUUUUUAUUUAUGCGCACCAGUCAUCCGUGAGUGGCUGCUGCGCUGUUUUGUGUUUAUUUGUGAUUUCUGUUUGAUUGUGCGUCAGUUCCCGCCUCCUUCUUCCCGAUGAAUAUGAAGUUUUUAUUAUUACAGUGGUGCUGAAGCCCGGGAGAAGGAGGGACGCGCUGCUGAAGAUCCCUCCCCACUGUGGUGAAUCCGCGGUGCCAUCGAGCUGGCGAAGAGGGGGUCGCCAUGGACGCUCGAGGCGGUGGGCUGGAGCGAGUUGCCGGGGACGGGCGAGCUCGCUGCUGGCCGCCUGCGAUGUGGAGGGCCGGUUGCCGUCCGUGAGGGAGCGGAGGAGUCGGCGCCAUUCGCCAGAGAGCCGGAGCCUGCUGCCAUCCGCCUGAAUGGGGAGGAGCAGAGAACAGGGGACUCCUGCCGGCUGCUCAAAACUGGUGGAGCCGUCGCCGUCCACCGGGCGGCGGAAGAGUGUCGUGCCGUCCGCCGAGGACCGUCCAGUGCCACCGCCAGGCACCGCGGAGGAGAUCACCCAGCUGGUGGAGGGCUGAGCAGCAGUGUGUCUGGGAACCGGAAUUUUUUUAUUUUUCCUCUCUCCCCUCUCUCCUCCCUGUCGCUCCUCCUUCCAUCUCCUUUUCUCUUGCCUCGUCUGUCCUACCCCCGGGUUCCUGCAGGUCCCCGUGAGCGGUCCCCCCCGGAGGGAGGGGGGGGAGUAGAGCGCAGUCUCGAGGGUACCCUCCCGGCCUGCGAGGGGCGAUGGGAGUAUGUGACGAGUGGGGCGGGGCCGAGAGACGUGGGCACGAGGAGUGAGGCCAGGUGUAGUGAUUGGAGAUGUGCUGCACCUGCGCCCCACCGCCGGUCACGAGUCCCACGUAGGAGAUGGAAGGAUAUAAAACUGGAGCGACGACCGUGAAGGACGAGAGAGGACUAGACCUGGGCCAUUAUUUUAUGUUUUGCUUUUUAUUUAUGCGCACCAGUCGUCCGUGAGGGGCUGGUGCGCUGUUUUGUGUUUAUUUGUGAUUAUUAAAGUUUCUAUUUGAUUGUGCGCCAGUUCCCGCCUCCUUCUUCCCAAUGAAUAGGAAGUUUUUAUUAUUACAGUCACAAUUUUUUUUUCUCUCUCCUGUCGAGGGAACACAAAACACGGCCGAAGGAGUAGUCAAGUACAGCGGCUGUGACAGUGAAACUCUCCAAAAUGACGUGGGCACGAGGAGUCAGGCCAGGUGUAGUGAUUGGAGAUGCGCUGCACCUGCGCCCCACCGCCGGUCUCGAGUCCCACGUAGGAGAUGGAAGGAUAUAAAACUGGAGCGACGACCGUGAAGAACGAGAGAGGUCCAGACCUGGGACAUUAUUUUAUGUUUUGCUUUUUAUUUAUGCGCACCAGUCAUCCGUGAGUGGCUGGUGCGCUGUUUUGUGUUUAUUUGUGAUUAUUAAAGUUUCUGUUUGAUUGUGCGUCAGUUCCCGCCUCCUUCUUCCCGAUGAAUAUGAAGUUUUUAUUAUUACAGUGGUGCUGAAGCCCGGGAGAAGGAGGGACGCGCUGCUGAAGAUCCCUCCCCACUGUGGUGAAUCCGCGGUGCCAUCGAGCUGGCGAAGAGGGGGUCGCCAUGGACGCUCGAGGCGGUGGGCUGGAGCGAGUUGCCGGGGACGGGCGAGCUCGCUGCUGGCCGCCUGCGAUGUGGAGGGCCGGUUGCCGUCCGUGAGGGAGCGGAGGAGUCGGCGCCAUUCGCCAGAGAGCCGGAGCCUGCUGCCAUCCGCCUGAAUGGGGAGGAGCAGAGAACAGGGGACUCCUGCCGGCUGCUCAAAACUGGUGGAGCCGUCGCCGUCCACCGGGCGGCGGAAGAGUGUCGUGCCGUCCGCCGAGGACCGUCCAGUGCCACCGCCAGGCACCGCGGAGGAGAUCACCCAGCUGGUGGAGGGCUGAGCAGCAGUGUGUCUGGGAACCGGAAUUUUUUUAUUUUUCCUCUCUCCCCUCUCUCCUCCCUGUCGCUCCUCCUUCCAUCUCCUUUUCUCUUGCAUCGUUUGUCCUACCCCCGGGUUUCUGCAGGUCCCCGUGAGCGGUCCCCCCCGGAGGGAGGGGGGGGAGUAGAGCGCAGUCUCGAGGGUACCCCCCCGGCCUGCGAGGGGCGAUGGGAGUAUGUGACGAGUGGGGCGGGGCCGAGAGACGUGGGCACGAGGAGUGAGGCCAGGUGUAGUGAUUGGAGAUGUGCUGCACCUGCGCCCCACCGCCGGUCACGAGUCCCACGUAGGAGAUGGAAGGAUAUAAAACUGGAGCGACGACCAUGAAGUACGAGAGAGGACUAGACCUGGGCCAUUAUUUUAUGUUUUGCUUUUUAUUUAUGCGCACCAGUCGUCCGUGAGGGGCUGGUGCGCUGUUUUGUGUUUAUUUGUGAUUAUUAAAGUUUCUAUUUGAUUGUGCGCCAGUUCCCGCCUCCUUCUUCCCAAUGAAUAGGAAGUUUUUAUUAUUACAGUCACAAUUUUUUUUUCUCUCUCCUGUCGAGGGAACACAAAACACGGCCGAAGGAGUAGUCAAGUACAGCGGCUGUGACAGUGAAACUCUCCAAAAUGGCACAAGGGUGAUGCAGAGAAGACUAAUUGUUCAACAAAGUCAUGAAUUUUAGUUUUCUAUUGCACACAAAAAGUAUUCUCGUAGCUUCGUAAAAUUACGGUAGUUUCUUUGCAGUCUAUGGGAGGGCAAGAGAGCUCUUGGAAUUCAUUAAAAAUAUCUUAAUUUGUUUUCUGAAGAUAAACAAAGGUUUAAUGGGCUUGGAACGACAUGAUUUUUGGGAGAACUAUCCCUUUAAACAGACUGAAACAGACAUAUUUUGUGAAAAUAUUUAUAUAUGUAUAUUUAGUUGAAAUGUUUACUAUUUUAAAAAUGUAACUUUUUCGAGUAUUAUUUUUAAUUUCUACCCUGGGAAAAAUCUGUAACUGCUAUUGUUAAUUGACAUUUAAUUGACGGACAUGAAUAUUAUAAAUUAAAUUGAUUUCUGCAAAUGAAUGUUAUCAUUUG